AUGGGCAGGAAAAACUUCAGAGGUAAAAACCGUCGUGGAGGCGGCGGCGGACGCGGAGGAGGCGAGCGCAGUCAGAGCUGGAGAGACUACCCGGCCCUUAAGAAGGAGAACCAGAAGCUCCAGGAGUACUACGACGCGCUGCUGCAGCUCCCCGAGGAGGAGAAGACGCAGUUCUGGGAGGCAUUGAGGCGCGAGCUGCCCAACAGCUUUCGCUUCUGCGGCUCCAAGGGCCACGCGCUCGCCGUCGAGAGACUUCUGCGAACACGAUACAUCCCCGAAAUCGUCAAGAUCGAGCAUCAGGAUGGUCGCCCCGUUGACCCUCCCAAGCCGGUGCCCUGGUACCCCGACGAGCUUGCCUGGUGGAUGACCACGCCCAAGAACGUCGUGCGCAAGUUCCCGCCCUUUGCGGCUUUCCAAAAGUUCCUCGUCUCCGAGACCAGCGUCGGCAACAUCAGCAGACAGGAAGUCGUCAGCAUGAUCCCUCCUCUGCUGAUGGAUCUGCGACCGGGCAUGACGGUGCUGGACAUGUGCGCCGCGCCGGGAAGCAAGUCUGCCCAGCUGCUGGAGAUGCUCCAUGUCGGCGAGGAGUCCCGCGUGAGGAAGGUCCUGCGACAGUUUGCUAAGGAAGACGGCCUGGACCUCGGUGAGGAGACCAAGGACGAGGCGGAGGCGGACCUCGAGGCGGAUCCCUCUGAUGCCGGCCGCGCGACCGGUCUUCUGAUCGCCAACGAUGCCGAUUACAAGCGUGGACAUCUCCUGGUCCAUCAGCUCAAGCGACUGUCUUCGCCCAACCUCCUUGUUAUGAACCACGACGCUACCCAGUUCCCCUCCAUCAAGCUGCCCUCGCCCGAGCCGAACAAGCCCGUCUAUCUCAAGUUUGACAGAAUUCUGGCCGACGUUCCCUGCUCCGGUGACGGAACCGCCCGAAAGAAUGUGAACCUGUGGAAGGAUUGGCAGCCGGGUAGUGCCCUGGGACUGCACGUCACCCAGAUCCGCAUCCUGGUCCGAGCCCUACAACUCCUUAAAGUCGGCGGUCGCGUCGUGUACUCGACAUGCAGCAUGAACCCGGUUGAGAACGAAUCAAUCAUCGCUGCUGCGAUUGAGAGAUGUGGUGGCUUGGACAAUGUCGAAAUCGUCGAUGCUAGCAACCAGCUCCCUGGUCUCGAGCGACGACCCGGUCUGAAGACGUGGAAGAUCAUGGAUAAGAGCGGCAGGAUUUGGAGCUCCUGGGAAGAGGUCGAAAAGUUCGCCAAGGAGAGCAACGACGGCGUUGUUCCCGGUCGACUACAGUCAUCCAUGUUCCCUGAUCCCGAGGGAACCAAGUUGCCCUUGGAGCGCUGCAUGAGGGUGUACCCUCACCUGCAGGACACUGGCGGCUUCUUCAUCACCGUUUUGGAGAAGAAGUCGGAAUUCAAGGCGAAGCCCGAGAACGAGGCCAAGGAGGCCACCCAGUCAAACGGAGCCGCUGAAGAGGCUGCUGCCGCCAACAAGAGGCCCCUGGAUGCUGAUGUUGAUAUGGAGCAGCCUGCCAAGAAGGCCAAAACCGAGGAGGGAAAUCCAGCAGCCACAACUCCUGCCCCUGCUGCCGAGCCUGCUGCCGAGCCUGCUGCUGAACCUUCCGCUACACCUGCCGCUGCACCUACCGCCGAGCCUGCCGUUCAGCGCGAGGACCGUCCCGGCAAGCCAAAGAAGAACGGCCCGGUAGAAGAGCCCUUCAAGUACCUCGACCCCUCUCACCCGACCAUCCAGAACAUCAAGGACUUUUACAAACUGUCAAGCCGCUUCCCCACCGACCGCUACAUGGUGCGAAACGAGAUGGGAGAGCCGGCCAAGGCAAUCUACUACACCACCGCCCUGACGCGCGACAUUCUGACGGAGAACGAGGGCCGGGGCCUCAAGUUCAUCCACGGCGGCGUCCGCAUGUUCAUGAAGCAGGACGCGCCCUCGGCCGAGGUCUGCCGCUGGCGCAUCCAGUCGGAGGGCAUGCCCAUCCUGCAGGGCUACGUGGGCGAGACGCGCGUCGUGCACCUCCGCAAGAAGGAGACGCUGCACAAGCUGCUCAUCGAGAUGUUCCCCAAGAUUAGCGACGGCGGGUGGCAGAACUUUGAGGAGAUUGGCGAGCGGGUGCGCGACAUUGGCAUGGGCUGCUGCGUGCUGCGGGUCGAACCCGAGGGCGACGACCCGGAGUGGCAGGAGAGGAUGGCGCUGCCCUUGUGGAAGAGCAUUCAUUCGCUGAAUCUGAUGCUGCCCAAGGAGGAUCGGUCGGCGAUGCUGUUGAGGGUGUUUAAUGAUACUUCGCCGCUGAUCAAUAUCAGUUUGCAGCGGAAGGAGAAGAAGGCUGCUGAGGAGGCGCAGCAGCAGGAGGAGGAGCAGGUUCAGGAGUUGGAUGAUAUUGAUGUGGAGGAUAUUCCUACGCCAGAGGGAGAUGAUUAG